AUGGAACCCAAAAACGCAACCAAACCAGCUUCAUGGAACAGCUAUCGUCAACCUUAUUCUACUUUCAGGCCAUGGAACUUGCAACGAUUGAAUCAGGCAACCCACCAUGAGCAACAACAAAAGAACGACAACGCACAACCCAUUCCCUCUGAUCAAGCAAGUGAAUUACGACCUUCAAUGAGCAACCCUUCUUCGCCUCAAGCUAGCUUUUCGUUUGAGCAACAACUACAGCAGGAGCAGCAGGAGCAGCAGUAUGGCGAGCAUAGCAUUGUAUCUCCACCACAACUUUACACCAAAGAUGAGCUUAUCAUCAAGAUCCCAGGCUCUGUUCAAAGCAUGUCACCCACACGUUUGCCACCUACGCCAACAUCAGAAGCAUCCAAAGCAGUUGACUUGUCACCCAUUGUAGCAUAUGAUACCAGUGGCUCACCGAUGGCUUCUUCACGUCCCUCAUACAAUCUAUCUCCUCCUCCUUCAUCAUCGUCAUCAUCAUUGCCUCCUCCUCCUCCUCCUGCUGCUACUACUACAACGACCGAAGUGACAACAUGGUCAUCAUCAUCGAAUGAUACUUCAUCCAACAAUGAUGAUAUUCACUUUGCAGCUCAAGGAUAUGACUCUUGGUUUGACAACAGCAAGACAUCAUCAUCUUUCAACGUAUCUUCAGCAGCAAUCCCUUCACCUCAACAUAGCACCGACCGUUUGGCAACGCGUGGUACGACAUCUCCUACUACUGAAUAUCAGCCAUCCGUCAAACGUGAUGAUGACAGCAGCUACAAAGUCUCAAGUAGCAAGAUGUACAGUGAUCACAUGGAUGAUGAAAUGCGCCCUACUUCUCCACCUUCCCCUAUGACAUGGCAGCGACCAAGAAACACCGAUAAUCCAUGGAGCACAGCUACAUUGGUUGAUAGUUGGGAAGGUUUUCAGCCAUUCGUACAAACCGUCAAGCCAACACCAGUCAUGAAGCAUCCAAAAAAGUAUCGUCAACCUGAUGACAUUCUGCAGCCGCUUGAUGAACAACCACAAAAGGAAGAAAUUGACAACAAUGACAAUGACAAUGACCAUCAGCAGCACGAGGAGCAAGAGAAUGUUACCAUUGAUACACAACAACAAGAGCAACCAUUGUCGUCUGGUUCAAGUGAUCAAUACGAGGAUGCCUUGUCAUCUCCUACCAAGAGUGAAUAUGAGGCAGAUGCCCACCACCACGACAAUAUCAAAAUGACAUUUGAUGAUGUGGAAGUGGAUGAACCAACAAGGGACAAGAACAAGGCAAAUGAUGUUGACGACGACGAUGACGAUGAUGAUGAUGAUGAUGGCGAUUGGGUGUAUUCACGAGAGGAACUUAUGGACAUGCAACCAACACACCAUGUCAGAAGAUAUUCACGAGAUGAGCUUAUGGAUAUGCAACCCGAAUUGAAAGAAGGAAGUGAACUUGGAUUAGGCGCUAAGGAACGUAUUGACAACUUUAUCAGUGUCCGUCAAGCAGCCACUCGUAAAAAUGUCAAGACACACAUCUAUCGCACACCACGUGAACCACCUGUUGAUGGUAAUGAUAUUGGCUUUCAACCUGGUAUCCCACCUCCUCCUCCUACCCAUCACAAGAACAUCAUUGUCUAUACCAACCUUUAA